UUAUUGACUUUCUGCUUCUUUGUUUUCGUAUGCACGUGGGCUAUUGUUAGUUAUUUGUUAAACUUUAAGAUGUAAGGAAAAAACUAUUAAAAAUGUCUAGCACGGCCGAACCGAUUUCCGCCUUUGGUGCAUACAACAUUGGCAAACAAAGCAAACGCUUGCAAAAGCUCACAAAAAAAGGUAACUCGCUUAACAAAACUAUUGGUGGAAAAAUCAAGAAAAAAAUUGCUCGUGCUCCAAUUCCGGUUUAUAGCCAAAAGAAGAAUGAGGCAUCCGACCGAAAAUCAGCAAAAGGUGUAAGAGCUAAAUCAUUAAAAAAGAAUAACAAAAUGACUAAUAAACGGGUAAACCUUAAGCCGCAUAUUAAAGAAUACAAAGCGGGUAAUUCGAUGAUUAGCGGCCCUAGUUUAAAUAAAAAGAAACAGAAAAAGAAGUUGAAAAGUCCUCUUAAGCCAUUAGAACAAGAAGAGAAAAACAAUUUUGAGGAAGGAUAUAAUGAAGAAUAUAUGUGUGUACAAAACGUAUCAUCUCCAAAAGAUGAACAAGAUAUUACAGUCGUAUUACCUAGAGACAAUUUGACUAACAAGCAGAAUGCGGCUAGCGCCACUAAAGUAGCCUUAACAAAUGGUGCGACAAAGAACAAAUUGUUGAAAACAAAGGAAGUAUCUAUGGGAGCUAUUAAGAAGUCUCCAGCUUCUGUUAAAAGCAAAAAAAAGAGUACAUCUAAUGUUAGCGAUGCUUUACCUAAAGUUACGAAAACAACCAGUGUUAAAUUUGAACCUCUCUCUUCUCAAAGCAACGUCAUUCGUAUGAACAGCAUUACUGAGGGUAAACGUACUUUUGAAUGGUUAUUAAAUCCAGUGAAAGUUGAAGAUUUCUUUGCCAAAUACUGGGAAAGUAAAUCAUGCUUUAUUAAACGACGACAAAGUAAUUAUUUUUCUCAUUUGAUCUCAUUUGAGGCCAUUGACCAGAUGUUGCUACAAAAUCAUCUGGAAUUUACCAAGAAUAUAGAUGUCACUUCCUAUAAAAAUGGUGAACGCGAGACUUUAAAUCCUGAAGGUCGAGCUUUGCCACCUACUAUAUGGGAUCACUAUGGUCAAGGAUGUAGUAUACGUUUGCUGAACCCUCAAGCCUUUUUACCAAAUCUUUACACUUUAAAUAGUACUUUACAAGAAUAUUUCCAUUGUUUAGUCGGUGCAAACGCUUACCUAACGCCACCCAACAGUCAAGGCUUUGCGCCACACUAUGAUGACAUUGAAGCGUUUGUUUUGCAAAUAGAAGGUCGUAAGCGUUGGAAAUUGUACAAACCACGCCAGCCUGAAGAAAUAUUGCCACGCUUCUCCUCUAGAAACUUUUCACAAGAAGAGAUAGGAAAACCUAUAUUUGAAGAGGUACUACAACCUGGUGAUAUUUUGUAUUUUCCUCGUGGCAUUAUACAUCAAGCUAAAACUGAACCCGGAUAUCACUCACUGCAUCUUACUUUAAGCGUUUAUCAGAAACAAUCGUAUGCCGAUUUAUUAGAAAAAAUGGUACCUUUAAUGUUAGAGAAAGCUAUAUACAAUAACCCAGAUCUGAGAAGAGGUUUGCCUCUACAAUGUUGGCAUCUUGCUGGUAUAGCUCAUAGUUCUCAUGGCUCUAAAGAACGAACUUCUUUGGAAAAGAAGGUUAAGCAACUUUUGAACAAAUGUAUGAACAGCGUAGACUUAACAGAUGUUAUGGAUUCAGCAUUUGACCAAUUAGCCAAAAAAUAUCAUCGUGAAGCUUUGCCACCCGAAAUAUUAGACACAGAAAAAUUGCGGACUGUUUAUGGUUCGCGCAGUCGCACAAACGAACACGGCGAGUGCCUGUGUGAUUACGAGAUCGAAGAACGAACCAAUGUACGAUUAUUAAGGGCUAAUAUAUUACGUUUAGUGGAAGAAGAGGGCAAGAUGCGCAUCUACUACUAUUCCGAUAAUUCGAAGUUGUUCUGUGAAUAUGAGCCUACUUUUAUAGAAAUAAAAGAUACCCAGGCGGCUAGUGUUGAAGUGUUAAUUAAAUCUUAUCCAGAGUAUGUAAGCGUCUCUCAGUUGCCUAUGGAGCAAACAGAGGAGAAAAUUGAUCUAACUCAAGCUUUGUGGGAGAGAGGUCUGCUAAUGUUCGAGAAACCAUUUAAUUAAAACAAUCGAGCUAAAUAAAGCAUUAUCAUACAAUUCUUAACUGAAAAUUUUUUAAAUUUUUUCUUUUUUUUUAAUAAAUUAAAAGAAGAAAACUCUU